AUGGCCAGUUCGCGAUCGGUGAGCAAUCACGGAUCCAGCUCGUCCUCUGGUCUUGAUGUGCCAGAGGAGGUCCUGCCUGCGGUGCGCCAGCUCUCCCAGCUGCUCGUCGGGAAGCUGGGCAAUACUCGCAGUGGUCUCGAGGAGCUGGAGCGCGAUCACUUGAGCUUGGUUGCGAACCUGUCCGUUGACCUUCUCAGCGGCGACUUCAAGAGGACCCAGGUGGCCGCCAAGAUUAUCAGUGGACGCACUGUGGGCUCUUUGGGAAAUAUCUUGAAAGGUAUCAAGCGCGGCGCCGACGCCAUCGGGCAGCUGGGCGACAAGCCGUGCUUCGACGAGAAGAGCGUGGACACGUUCAACAAGCUUCCUCCGUCAUGGGUGUGGGGCGUCUUGCAGGGCAAGACGAAGACUCCCAUCCCUGAUGCGGUGGUCACUGCCGUCGUGCAGAAAUCGUCCAAGGUUCUCUUCAACAUCAUGUGGGUGUUGUGUGGUGUGCAUCCUCAGCAUCCUUUGUCUGGCGACCUGCUUGUGAAGGUUUACCUCGCACAGGUCAUCGUGCAGCUCAUUGACAGUCGGGGUGACUUGCUGAACCUCAACGGUGGCUUCUUCAAGCGCGAGAUCCCCGUGCUGGUGAAGAACCCCUUCGCUCCUGGGUUCGGCGUCUGGAGCCUGCGCGCCGUGGAGGGUGCUGGCGAGGCUGACUCCGUGAACCUCUGGCACCGCGUCGGCAACAUCAGCGUGAUGUUGACCUCCGAGGACAUGGGGUGCCUCGGCGUCCUGACAGUGCAGACGCCGAUCCAUGACAACUUUAACAUGUGCUCCGCCUUCAUCAGGGUGCUCGGCAGGAACAUCCACAUCUACACCAUUGGGAAGCUUGCCGAGGCUAUCCCUACCCGCGCCCAGCGCGCCGAGAGCCUCACCAAGAGCGUCGGCGACUCCAUGGCCCGCAUCAAGCUGCAGAAGGCAGCGGGGGCUGUGCAGGUCUCGGAGUCCUUGGGGCAG